AUGGCCACGGACAGCGUAGAGUUGCUGGCCUUGCAGCGCAUCGAUGAAACAUGCAUGCAGCUUCAGCAGCAGGGGGACUACUUGCAAGCGCUGGAAUGCAUGGAGAGGGGCCUCGUGCUUCGGCAGCACUUCUUUGGGAGCGACAGUGAGGAAGUUUGGAGCGCCUGUAAGAUAGUCGGGGAGAUGUGCAACCUUCUCGCCAUGACCUACCUGCAGCAGGAGGACUUCGGCAUGGUGCUUGAGCUGUUGAAGAAGGCGGAAAUUCUUACCGAGAGGGAUGAUGCCGGGCGAGCGGUGACGUACAACAACCUCGCGUGUUACUACCGUCGACGCGGGAAGCUGCACUCCGCGCUACAAUACCUCCACAAGGCUCUCAAGAUCGAAGCGAAAAUGGGGUCGCGGGUAGAGCACCCGGCUGACACCCACCUCAACACAUGCGCGGUGCUUUCGCAAAUCGGGCGACAUCAAGGAGCGCUGGAGCACGCCCAGUCGGCGCUCAUUCUCCUGCAAGAAGAGCUGUUUGGAGGCGGGGCCACGGUUGGGGACGCUGGAGGGGAAGGCGGGGACCAGCCCCCGCGGGCGGAUCGAAUCGCCGUGCUGGCCAUCGCCUACCAUAACAUGGGUGUGGAGCAGGAGUUUCUCAAGAAGUUUGAGCACAGCCUGCAAUCCUACAGAAAAGGAGUCGAGGUGACGGCACGAUUGAGUCCUUUCUGA